AUGGACGACGAUACCGUGUCCAUCGCCUCAACGACCACCACAGACGCAGUGCCACCACUCACCCGGGCUGCAUCGACUGCGACCUCGUUGACAUCUUCCGUCGAGACGGACAUGGCCAGUAGUAUCCUCGGAAAAGGAUACAUACUUGAAUCACAAGAGGGAGUGUUGACGUUGCCGUCCCGGUAUCAGGAGGAUGCGGAUCUGUUGUGUCCGUUCCAGAUCCUGGACUGUGAUCAGGUUUUUGCAGACAUCAUCCACUUCAAGAUGCACGUCUUUUCGCACUUCCGAGGCCACGAAUUACCAACCUUUGCCAGUUGCUUCUUGUGUGACAACCAGUAUGUUCAGGAGCCUGAUGACGACCCGGCUCUUGCAUGGAACAACAUGCUGUCGCACAUGGUGCAUGAACACUUCCGGAAAGGCCAGCAGCUUGCGACGGUGAGAACUGACUUCAGCUUGAUGAAAUGGAUGUACAGCAGGAGUAUCAUCAGUGACCAGCAAUUUAAAAGGACGCAAAUGGUGCCUCUUCCAAUCAUGCUUCCUGUAGCUGCUCGGAGACAGCUCCUGGAUAUCGUGGAAGUGCCCCAGGCGCUCUCGGCGCCACCACCGGCCGCCAUCUUGACGCACAUGGCACAAUCCGUCGGUUAUCAGAAUGAGCCCUUCACUGUCACAGCAGGGAGAAGGGCGGAAAGACGUCGGCUUGACGCAACUCGGACUGCAGUUCGAGCUCGAAGUAAUAUUUGA